UCCCGCGCAGUUGAAUCGGUGGAACAGAGCGUUGAAGAUUACAGAAAGUCCCCGAAAUGGACGAGCUUUAUCUGGAUAAUAUUGACGAAUAUGUCAACGACCACGACAAGAUAGUAACUUAUAAAUGGCUGAGUCUCACUCUCGGAGUCCAUGUUAACAUAGCAAAACAGAUGCUCUACCAUUAUUUGGAGCACAAGAGAAAGGAAAGCUCACCUCAGCUCCACGCCACCUACCUGGUGUCGGGAAAGUUAGUGGAAAACGGUCAAACAUGUCACAAGGUGUCAGUUGUCAGAGAAGACCAGUUAGAAGAUUUCAAAGCAAAAAUGAGCCCGGUCGUCAGCGUGCACGUCUACAGCGUCCAGAAAGCUUUGCUGAAAGACAGCAACCCCCUCUACAUCGUCGACUACGACGCUGUGAAAGACAACCUGAAGAGCUGCAGCAGGUUCAGCGCCAUCCGCUGCCCCGCCGCCGUGCCCCUGUCCUCCGCCCAGCCGCAGCAGGGGCGGGAAACCCCGGGGAAUCCCCCCCCCGAGCCGGAAACCAGAAAAACAGGGAUGAACGGGCACGCCAACGUCGCUCCCAAACCGCCCGCAAAGCCACAGAAAGGCAUCAUGGGAAUGUUUUCCAGUAAGCCCGCCUCCAAGAAUCAAGACGGCGGAAAAGAGAUCAAGUCUGAAGUUAAAGAACAUCCACCAUCGGAGGAUGUCCCCAAAAGUAAACCCGUAGCAAAAGUCAACCCCAUGUUAAACUUCUUUGGAAAUCAGACAACAAAAAAACCCGACAAACCCGUGAAGCAGGAGGAGGCGGCUGAACGGACCUCCACCCCCGAGCUGCAGCCGCCCAGUUCCCCGACCGAGGAGAAAGAAAAGCCGAAAGGAGAACCCGAACCCCCGCCCAAAGACUCCAGGAGCAAGUCAAAGAGAAUAGAGGACUCUGGCAGCGAGGAGGAGAAGAUGGAGAAGAAAAAGAGGCGAAGGAUCAAAAGGCCAGAGCCGGACAGCAGCGAUGAAGACGAUUCUCCACAGCAGACGGAAACACGACAGCCGACUCUGACAAAAGAGCCCGACACGGUUCAGCAGUCCCAGGUAAACGAACCCCGAGAGCAGCAGACACCUUUUCCCCGUGAGGGCUGGUUCACCAGGGUUUCUGAUUUCCAGGGAAACUCGGGAACGAAGAUGAGGAAGAGGAGGCGCGUCCUGAAGUCCCGCACCUUUGUGGAUGAAGAAGGAUGCAUUGUCACAGAAAAAUGCUACGAGAGCGAGUCCUACUCUGAGACGGAGGAGGAUUUCCAGCCCAGCAAACAGCCGCCCAGAGACCCCGUCAGAGCAAAGCCGUCAGCAGGCAGCAAAGGGGACGACAAGAAGAACCAGAAGAAAGCUUCAGCCAGCUCCAAUAAAGGAACCAAACAGGCCUCUAUUAUGGGAUUUUUCCAAAAGAAAUGA